AUGCUAUUAGACUUUUGGACUAGGGGCCUCGCUGUUGCCUUUGGCUCGAGCUACUUUUGCUUCCGAGAACAGAUAGCUUGCUACUCAAUUGCCCCGCCCAUCUUGGAUUUUGCUUUUCAAAUCCUUUAUUUCAUUGAGGAAUUCAUGGCAGGGGUUUCUUUUUUAGCCUUUCUUUCUUUUUCUAGUUCUUGGAGUAAGGUGAAUUUGUCGGCCGGGGUUUGGGUUUUGAAGUCCUGUUUGACUGCUUCCCGGACUUCGGGGACCUUUUGGCCAUCCGCUGGAGCUGCCUUUCGUAGCUCUAGAUUCUCCUCAAGAAGUUCGUCUGUUCUUUCGUCCAAGGCCGAGGGCGCAGAUGGUGCGUGCGGUUCCUUCGGCAUCAUCAAAUUCUCAAUAGAGCCUAGGUCCAGUGACCAGAUUGAGUAUAUGAUAAUCAAAGCUCGUGGGAAAGCUGCAGCAAAGGGAAAAGACUUUCACCAGUUUCUUGAGUGA